AAUUUUUUUUCCAACCAAGAAAAUUGCAUAGAAAUAUUUUCCCGAGAAAAUUAUGAUUGGGUUUGGUUUGGUAGCCUAAAGAGUUCACAAUUAAUUUUUUUUUUUAUCUUUUUAUUAUUUUUUAAAAAAAAAACACUUGUCCCCAUGAGUCUUUUUCCAAUCGAUCUUGGAAAAAAUAAUUAUGAAAAAAAAUUAAAUUAAAAAAAAUGAAAAAAAAGGAAGAAACUUUUUUUGAGUAUAGAGAGAAUGAGAGCGAUGAUAUGAAAGCAUGCUUGUCGGCCAUUAGAGCUUCAACCAAGAGCUCAGUUUUUGGCCCAUUCUCUUCAAUCUCAAUCCCAACGAUUUCAUUCAUUGCUAAAAAUCAUAUCUUUACAGCCACCGAGCUCAAAAUUGCAUUAUAAAUAUAUAUAUAAAGACUCGUUUUUUAUUUUUUAUUUUUAGACGUUUCGAUUUGGCUGAGGCUCUCUCUCUCUGUGUUUGCUUCUGUUUCACUGUUUGAAAGGUUGUCUUUUUUUGAUUAUUAAAUUAUAUUUAUAUAUUUAUAUUCAUAUAGUUUAAAGUAAAGUAGGGAAAUCUUUGAAACGGAUUCUUUUCUUCUCUUUUUGGGCACUUUGAGUUCUUGGUGAAAAGGAGGAAGAAAAAAAAGGAGUCUUUACAAAAGGAGAGGAGGGUUAAGUGAAGAAGGUGGUGUUUGAGAUAUUUAAGCAACAAAUCUUGGGCCUUUUUUAGAUCACAGAUCCCCACCAUUUUUGAGGAAAGAAGAAUUGGGUUUGCUUCACUUUUGGCUUUUCUGAUUCAUGACUUUCAUGGUUUUUUCAGUUUGUCAUUUCAGAAUAGUCAAUGCCAAAUGUGGUUGGACUUUGCUGUUACUAUUAUCUCUCUCUCUCUCUCUUGCUUUUUUAUUGCUGAGAUGAUGAGUGCUCAUUGGGCUUUUUAGAGGUGUUAAUUGUUGAUCUAUAUGUUGGUUUUGAUCAUCCAAAAGCUGCAAAAAUGUUCGGAAAUUUCAAAAGGAGGAGAGUUUUGGAGGUGGGAUUUGCAGGGUCUUUGCUUAUCUUCUCUCUACUAGUUUUCACUUCAGAGGGUUUGAAUUCUGAGGGGUUGUCCCUUUUGGAGUUGAAGAAAAGUCUAGUUGACAAUAAUUAUUAUUUGGGAAACUGGAAUUCUGCUGAUGAAACACCAUGUGGAUGGUCUGGUGUCAAUUGUAAUACUUCUGAUUUUGAUCAAGUUGUUUGGUCUCUUGAUUUGAGAUCCAUGAAUCUUUCAGGUACAAUUAGCUCCAGCAUUGGUGGGUUAGUUCACUUGACUCAUCUUGAUCUUGCUUAUAAUGCUUUCUCUGGGAACAUACCUAAAGAGAUUGGGAAUUGUUCAAGUUUGCAAAAGCUUUAUUUGAACAACAAUAGAUUAGUGGGGAGAAUUCCACCCCAAUUGGGAAAUUUAUCUAAUUUAACUCGGUUGAAUGUAUGCAACAACAAAUUAUCUGGUUCCUUACCAGAAGAGCUUGGGAGGUUGUCUUUGAUGAUUGAGUUUGUAGCUUACACCAACAAUCUUACCGGUCCAUUGCCUCGUUCUAUUGGGGAAAUGAAGAGUUUGAGAACAUUUAGAGCUGGCCAGAAUGCUAUUUCGGGUAGCAUACCAGGCGAAAUAAGUGGAUGUCAAAGCUUGGAGCUUCUUGGACUUGCUCAGAAUCAUUUAGGAGGGGUGUUGCCAAAAGAAAUCGGUAUGCUUGGACGCUUGACAGACUUGAUUCUAUGGGACAACGAGCUCUCGGGGCCUAUUCCAGAGGAGCUUGGCAACUGUACAAGCCUUGAAACUAUUGCUUUGUAUGAAAAUAGUAUAACUGGACCACUACCAAAGUCCAUUGGGAAUCUUAAGUCCUUGAAAAGGUUGUAUAUAUACAGGAAUUCUUUAAAUGGAACUAUCCCAAAGGAAAUUGGAAAUCUAACUAAGGCUGGGGAAAUCGAUUUCUCAGAGAACUAUUUGAGUGGUGAGAUCCCCAGAGAGUUUGGUAAAUUAACAAGUUUAAGGUUACUAUACCUCUUUCAGAACCAACUUUCAGGUGUAAUACCAAGUGAGUUUAGCAACUUGAAGAGCUUGACAAAGCUUGACCUUUCUAUAAAUUUUCUUCAAGGCUCCAUUCCAUCUGGUUUUCAGUACUUGAGAAAAAUGAUUCAGAUACAACUGUUUGAUAACUCUCUCAAUGGUACCAUUCCUCAGGGGUUUGGUCUCUACAGUCAGCUUUGGGUGGUUGAUUUUUCAGAUAACCACUUGACAGGUAGAAUACCUCCUCAUCUAUGUCGAAACUCUAACUUGAUUUUGUUGAAUCUUGAGACUAAUAAACUGUAUGGAAAUAUCCCAACUGGAAUAUUGAACUGCAAAACAUUGGUGCAGCUCAGGCUUGUUGGGAACAGUCUCACUGGGAGCUUUCCUUCUGAGCUUUGUAAUUUGGUUAACCUUUCCGCCAUUGCAUUGGAUCAGAAUAAGUUCAAUGGCCCGAUUCCUCCAUCGAUAGGGAGCUGUAAAAAGUUGCAAAGGCUUCAUAUUUCUGAUAACUACUUCAACUCUGAGGUUCCUAAGGAAAUAGGAAAUCUUUCUCAGUUGGUUACUUUCAACUUAUCAUCUAAUUUGCUCACCGGUCAAAUUCCUCCCGAAAUAGUUAACUGCAAGAUGCUGCAGAGACUUGAUCUCAGUAGAAAUCACUUUGAAGGGCCUUUACCUGAUGAGCUUGGAACUCUUCUUCAGUUGGAGAUUCUCAGGCUUUCAGAGAAUAGGUUCACAGGAAGCAUACCAUCAGCGUUGGGAAACCUUUCGCGUUUGACAGAAUUACAAAUGGGUGGCAACAGUUUUUCUAAUGAGAUACCACCCGAGUUGGGAUCUCUUUCGGGUUUGCAGAUUGCAAUGAAUCUUAGUUACAAUAAUCUCACUGGUACUAUACCAUCACAGCUUGGAAAUCUCAAUUUACUUGAAUUUCUUCUGCUCAAUAACAAUCAUUUGAGUGGUGAAAUUCCAAGCACAUUAGAGAAUCUUUCAAGCUUGUUGGGAUGUAACUUCUCAUACAAUGACCUUACCGGAUCCUUACCCCCCAUACCCCUAUUUCAGAACAUGGCUUAUAGCAGCUUUGUUGGGAACAGAGGACUCUGUGGUAGGCCUCUAAAUGACUGUGGUGCAAAUCCUUAUUCUCACCCUGCAUCACAUCCGGGUGGGGCUGAAACUCAUCGGGGAAAGAUUAUCACUGCGGUUGCAGCUGCUGUAGGUGGUGUUUCUCUCAUUCUAAUUGUCAUCAUCUUAUAUUACAUGAGAUGUCCACCCGAGACAGUUGCUUCAUUGCAAGAGGAAGUUUCAUUUUCGUCUGCUGAUUCAGAUAUCUACUUUCCUCCAAAAGAUGGUAUCACAUUCCAAGAUCUUGUUGAGGCAACUAACAACUUUAAUGAAAGCUUUGCUGUUGGAAAGGGAGCUUGUGGAACAGUUUACAAGGCGGUUUUGCGUUGUGGAAGGAUCAUUGCUGUUAAGAAGCUAGCAUCUCAUAGGGAAGGGAACAGCAUUGAGAACAGUUUUCGAGCUGAGAUUUUAACUCUUGGGAAUAUCAGACAUCGAAACAUUGUAAAGCUAUAUGGAUUUUGUUAUCACCAAGGCUCUAAUUUGCUUCUUUAUGAGUACAUGGAGAAUGGUAGCUUGGGUGAAAUGCUUCAUGGUUCUUCUUACAGUUUGGAAUGGCCAACUCGGUUUAUAAUCGCUCUUGGUGCUGCUGAAGGUCUUGCUUAUUUACAUCAUGACUGCAAACCAAGGAUUAUUCACCGCGAUAUAAAGUCGACUAAUAUUCUACUUGAUGAGAAGUUUGAAGCUCAUGUUGGUGAUUUUGGUUUGGCAAAAGUGAUUGAUAUGCCUCAUUCUAAAUCAAUGUCAGCAGUUGCUGGUUCUUAUGGUUACAUUGCUCCUGAAUAUGCAUACACCAUGAAGGUUACUGAAAAAUGUGAUAUCUAUAGCUAUGGAGUGGUGUUGUUGGAGUUGGUAACAGGAAAAGCUCCCGUUCAACCGCUAGAACAAGGCGGCGAUCUUGUAAGUUGGGUAAGGCAAUAUAUUCGAAACCAUUCACUAACAUCCGGGAUACUCGAUAAUCGGUUGAAUCUUCAGAACAAAGCUAUUGUUAGUCAUAUGCUGACAGUAUUAAAAAUUGCUUUGUUAUGCACAAAUCUAUCCCCAUUUGAUCGGCCUUCUAUGCGCGAAGUUGUCCUAAUGCUAAUCGAGUCGAAUGUGCAUACAAAUUUUCGUAUUUCUUCACCAACAACUACUCAUGAUCUUCCAUUGAAAGAUGAUCUCCCAUGAAAGUAUGUGAUUCUUUUCAAGCUCUGAAUAACUGAGAUGAUUUUUUCUUUUUUCGAUUUCCUUAAUGUUAUUUGCACAAGGGAAAAAUGACAAUAUGUUGUAUAUUUUCAUUAGAAUAACACUAGGGAGUUCUAUAUAGUUAUAACAAGGCUAAUUAGAUUUUGAUUUCUUUCCAAAUUAUGUAUUCCCUUUUUCUAUUCACACAUCAAGUAAAAGAAAAAAAAGAAUGUACAGUUCAAAGAAUUUUUCUUUUUUACAUGCAAAUUACUGUGUUUCUUAAUGUCAAUUCAAUUUAUGGGACUGAAA